UAUUCGAUUCCGCAGCUAUUGUAUUUCAAAAUACCAAAGUGAAUAGUAAAAAUGUAUCCAUUUGAUUCUUUAAUUAAUUAACGGCACAGGAGAACAAUCAACUUUUGUGUAAUAAAUGAAAAACGAGGGUCUACUAUGUUUUCGCUUCCCGAGUGACAAGGAUGGAAAAUUAAUUAAAGAUACUUUUGCGCAUAUUUUAGAGAAUCAUUAUAUUUUAGCGCCAUGAAUGACAUUUUGAUUAAUGUAGACUAUUAUUACGUCUAUAAUGUUUCAUCAUUCAACAAUAAUGAUUCCUUAUACAAUUCGUCGUUGGGAACAGAAUGUUAUUCGACUAACCUUCUCUACAACUCAAGUUUUGGCUUUGAAAUAGCCGUUCCAGAAUGGGAAGCAUUAACUACAAUAGUGAUGUUGUUCAUAGUUAUCGCUGGAACUGUUUUUGGAAACAUCCUGGUAAUACUUGGAGUUUUCACAUAUAAACCCUUGAGAAUAGUGCAAAACUUUUUUAUUGUGUCGUUAGCAGCAGCCGAUUUAGCAGUGGCAGUGUUAGUGAUGCCGUUAAAUGUUGCGUACAUGACAUUAGGACGAUGGUUGUGGGGUAAACAAUUGUGUAAAAUGUGGCUAACUUGUGAUAUAAUGUCGUGCACUUCGUCGAUCCUGAACUUGUGUGCUAUAGCUCUCGACAGAUACUGGGCAAUAACAGAUCCAAUUAAUUACGCUAAUAAGAGGACAUUGGAAAGAGUAGUGUACCAAAUAAUUGGAGUAUGGAUCCUGUCUUUGUUAAUAAGUUCACCACCUAUUUUGGGUUGGAAUGAUUGGCCAAAUGAGUUUACCGCAGAUACUCCUUGCCAGUUGACCUCAGAACCCGGUUAUGUUGUGUAUUCAUCGCUCGGAUCAUUCUUUAUUCCUCUUCUUAUUAUGACAAUAGUGUAUAUCAAAAUAUACAUAGCUGCAAGAAAAAGAUUAAGAAAACGUGUACUAGUAACGCGCAUUCAAAACAAAAAUCCAGUGUUGGUAAUACAAAGUCAAGAAGAAAGCCAAGAAAAUAGAGACGAUUCAGACAAUGAAUCCGACAGUGGAGCGAGUAUUAAAAGAUGUCAGAGAAAAGCGUUUAUAGAUAUAAAGAAAAACUUCUUUGUACCUUUUCUGUUACUGAAUGAUCCAGUUGCGCGUCAAACGAUUGAAUCGAAUAUGAACCAGAUGCAAGCAGACGUUUCACCAGGUAGUUGUGGAAGUUAUAAAACGAAAGUAGUUGGUUCUUUGAAGAAAAUGAGCCACAAGAAUAAGAAGCAGGAGAAACCAUUGUUGGCAAGUGUCAAUAAAAGCGGCGACGUAGUAAAUCAGUUCAUUGAACAAAAGCAAAAGAUCUCCCUGUCUAAGGAGCGCCGUGCUGCGAGGACUCUCGGGAUUAUUAUGGGUGUAUUUGUUGUCUGUUGGCUUCCAUUUUUCCUAAUGUAUUUAAUAUUACCCUUUUGCUCAUCUUGUUGUCCUAGUCUAAGGCUCAUUAACGUAAUCACGUGGUUAGGGUAUGCCAACUCAACAGUAAAUCCAUUAAUUUAUACCAUUUUCAAUAUCGAAUUUAGAAAAGCUUUCAAAAAGUUAUUAGGACUGAAAUAGAAAAGUUUCAAUGUAACGCUUAGCUUUUGUUUUGACGGAAUUGUUACCAAAUAUUAUUAGUUUUAACCAAAAUAUCGUACAAAUUAUGUGCUAAAAUUUAGGAAGAAUGUUUUUAACGUUGUUUUGAUUAAGAUUUUAAAUAAUAGAGCCUAAACAAAUCGUAGUUAGGUCGAGUCUCGUCGACAGACUUGAAGCCUCGUUGACAAUCGUACGGACGGUCCUUAACAACUGGCUUGAGGAGACUCGACCACUUACGCCUCGUAUGUAUGUAUAAUAAUACUUCACAUAAUGUUAUACACACCUACCAUCCAUUGUAUCUCUUCAUUCAUUUGUUCUGUUACUAAAUCUGAACAUUGUUCUCGAUUGUGUUCAAUUAGAUUUCUA